GAGUCAAGUGACUUGGACUGGAACGGGCCUGAUGAUCCAGACUGCCCCUACAACUGGCCGCUCUGGAAGCGCAUCUACAUGACCAGCAUCCCGGCGCUGCUUUGCGUUAAUGUGCAAGUGUGCCCCUCUCCACCUGGCCAAGAAGAAGCCAAGAAAAGAAAAGAAAAAUAGGAGAGAAGACCCAGCCUCCGCUCUGACUCAUACCAGGUCAUUCGCCUCGUCCGUGUACACAUCCGGAGCCGACGACAUAUCACGAGAGUUUGGCGUCUCGCAGACAGAAUCCCUUCUCGGUCUUUCUCUCUUCCUCUGGGCGCUCGGCCUGGGCGCCAUCAUCGCCGCGCCAGUCAGCGAGUACUACGGCCGCCGGAUAGUGUACCUUACCACCGUUCCGGUGUUCGGCCUCUUCAUCCUGGGCUCCGGACUGGCCCAAAAUUUUGCGACCCUGGCCGUCUGCCGGACGCUCGCAGGCUUCUUUGGCAGCGCAGUCGUGUCGGUCGGCGGUGGCACCAAUGCCGAUCUCUGGCCGCCUGCCCUGACGGGAUUUGUCUAUCCCUUCUACUUCGUGUCGCCGUUUCUGGGACCUGCCUUCGGCCCUGUCAUCGGCGGUUUUCUGAGCGAGGCAAAAGGCUUCCGCUGGCUCGAGUGGGUCAUCCUGUUCAUGGUCGCGUUUAUCUACCUGUAUUCGCUUCCGCAGUACGAAACCUACAAGAAGACGAUCCUCGAAAAGCGCGCGCGGGCCGAGAAGCGGUCCAGCGCGCCCCGGCCCCGCGCAUUCAAGAUCGCCCUGCCCUCGAGCGCCGUCGUCCAGCGCAUCGUGCUCAAGCCCUUCAGGAUGCUCUUCGUCGAGUCCAUCGUGCUCUUCAUGACCAUCUACAUGGCCUUCAACUUCGCCGUCUUCUACAGCUUCUUCGCCGCCUUCCCCUACAUCUUCGGCGCCGUCGGCGGCAGCGGCCUGUACAACUUCACCGUCCAGAUGUUCUCGUCCAUGGGCAUCGGCUGGGCGAGCAGCCUGCUGGGCUUUGUCUCGGUGGCCUUGGUGCCGGUGCCGUGGGUGCUGUACAAGUACGGGCACAGGAUCAGGGCGAGGUCGCAGUACAUCACGAUCAAGGCGCCCGUGUUGGAGAACCCGGAUUCGUCGCGGGAGAUGACGAGCGAGGGAGAGGAGGUGGCGGUAUAGACGGCGGGGGCAGCGGAGGGCAACUGGAUAUUGGAAAUGUCACCCGGCCGCGUGUGACGAUACUAGAGGGAGUUGAACUGGUCAGCUCCAAUAAUAACCUUUGGUUGCGGCUGACAACUACCAGCCCCUCAGGAUUACU